AUGGCGCCAUCACGGCGUAGGAACAACUCCUCCCUCUUCGAGUCCUCCACCAUCAUCACGGCGAACCUCAUCAUGGCCUCCUCGUCGUACCUCCUAUCGAGAAUGGCACCCCGUGCGGCAACCGCAUCACCGACGACUAAGAUGGUAGCGACCACCAGGGCUCCUCCGACGUGGCCCUCGGCUACAUCAUCCGCUACCCGCUCUGUGGAGCCCAUGGCCGGGUGCAAGACGGUCCUGAUGAAGCCCGUCGACGGGCUGGAUGGCAAAGUAGACCAACAAGCGGAAAUGUUCAUCAGGAGUUUCCGAGAGAGGACCCUGUCGGAGACAGCUCGCUUAGAAGCAGCUACUGCAGGAACUCGCCCGCCGCCGCAAACGCCGGUGACUAGCACGUCUAGCACCACAUAUGGGCAGGGACUGCGCGCAGAUAGCCACGUUAGAGGUGCAGGAUAUCCCAAUAUGUAA